UGGCCCACCUGGCCCAUGUCCUGUCCCUUUAAAUCAGCACCACUGGGCCCUCCCUCCCUGGGCUCUGAGACUUCCUCCCUGCUCUGUGCUGGCAGGAACAGCCUCUGUACUCACAACCCAAGGCACAGCACCAGGUCCAGGGUUUCUGCAGCCAACAGCAGGGCCUGUCACCACUUCUGCUGGAAGGCUUUUCAGGGAGCUCUGAGUUUCAGAACAAGCAAGGGAAGAAGAAAGGUGGGCAUGGGAGGACGCAAGAUGGCCAGGGAUGAAGAAAAUGCCUACGGUUCCCAGGACCCGGACGACCAGCAGCCCCUCGCGCAGGAGCGCAGGCUCAGGCUCAUCCUGGCCGGCAGGACCGGAGUGGGCAAGAGCGCCACGGGCAACAGCAUCCUGGGCCACAGGCUCUUCCCGUCCAGGCUCGCGGCCACCCCGGUGACCAGAAGCUGCGCCCUGGGGAGCAGGAGCUGGGCCGGGUGGCGCGUGGAGAUCACCGACACCCCUGACCUCUUCACCGCCCAAGGCCGGCACGCGGACCCGGACUGCACCGAGCGGGCCAGCUGCUACCUGCUCUCGGCGCCCGGGCCGCACGCGCUGCUGCUGGUCACGCAGCUGGGCCGCUUCACCGCCCAGGACGAGGAGGCGGCGCGCGGCGUCCGCGAGCUGUUCGGCGCCGGCGUCCUGGCGCGCGCCGUGCUCGUCUUUACGCGCCGGGAGGACCUGGAGGGGGGCUCGCUGCACGACUACGUGCGCGCCACCGACAACCGCGCGCUGCGGGCUCUGGUGGCCGAGUGCGGCGGCCGCGUGUGCGCCCUGGACAACCGGGCGGCGGGCGCCGAGCGCGAUGCGCAGGUGGGCGAGCUGCUGGCGCUGGUGGAGCGGCUGGCGCUGGAGCACAACGGCGCGCCCUUCACCGACGACGUGUACGGCCUGGCGUGGGCCCGGCGCCACGCACGUCCCGAGGACACGCUCCGCCUGGUGGCCGCGCGGCUGGCGGCCCGUGGUCUGGGGCGGGGGUGGAGGCGGGAGUGGGGGCGGGGGCGGCGCUGGCUGGAGGUGGCGAGGCGGAGGUGGCCGCUGGCGCUCCUGCUACUGGGGGGCACACUGUUAUUUGUCCUGCUGCUUCUCCAGCGGGGGGCUCCAGGCCCAGAUUGAAGGCCCUGCCCUUCCAAAUGCGCGGAGCCUGGAGGGUAAAGGGGCUGGGUCAAGGCGCUGAGGGGAACUUAAACCCAAUUUCAAAGGAAACCUGGAGUUUCAGACUGGAAGUCUUAAUGACUCAGGACGCCUUGGACACUGUAUCGACUUUGCAAAGGCUCAAGUUCACUUUUAGCAUUCAGUCACUUUUGACUAUAUGUACACUAUUCUAAUAAAUGUGGUUAACUUUCAAAUGUCCUUAAUUCAUUUUAGUAGUUUGGAUGUAUUUUUCCUUCUUGAAAAAAUAGUGCAUUGACUGGUAGUGUUUUAUAUAGAGUGGAUUCAUGGCAAAGGGAAACAAACAUUUUUGUGUGUGUGUGAGCAUUUAUCAAAACGUAGACACUGUCUUAGUCCGCUUGAGUUGCUAU